AUGGCGGCGUUAAGAUUUGUCAGAUCUGUUCUGAAGUCUUUCCAGGCAGAGUCUGGAUUAGAGCCGAGAUUGUUCGGAGAGAAUAUACGAGUUACGGCCGCCGAACCUGGGCGAGUGGACUUUGAGCUAGAUAUCAAGAAAGAGCACACGAAUCGCCUCAAUAUCAUCCAUGGUGGAACAAUAGCGAGCAUGGUUGAUCUUGGCGGAUCACUGGCUGUAGCUUCGAGAGGAUUAUACGCAACUGGCGUCUCCACUGAUCUCAAUGUCACCUACCUCAAUUCCGGCGGUCAGGUUGGAGACAUUCUCAAAGCAGUCGUCAAGUGCGAUAAGUUCGGCAAGACCCUAGCAUACACAUCCAUCGAGUUCACAAACGGCAAGGGGCAGUUAGCUGCGAGAGGAAGUCACACAAAAUAUGUUGCUCAAGCGUGGAAACAUCCUGAGAACAUCGUUGAGAUCUUGUCACCUCAUGAGAAGAAAUGA